AUGGCUCCUGUCUCUGAACCGGCCGCGCCCUCAAUCCGCACAGCAGUCCCGGGGCCUGCGACGCACAGCAUCAAAGAGGAACUAGAUACCGUCCUCGAUGCCCGCACUGUGCAGAUGGUUAUCGAUUAUGACAAAAGCUCUGGAAACUACAUCACCGACGUUGAUGGCAACACCUACCUUGAUGUGUAUGCGCAAAUCGCCUCUAUUCCUGUUGGAUACAACAAUCCCACUUUACUUGAGGCUGCCAGAUCCCCGGAAAUAGUGUCUGCUCUGGUCAACCGCCCGGCUGUUGGAAAUUUUCCUUCCCACCAAUGGCUCGCUCUAUUGCGCGAGGGUCUGAUGCGGGCGGCCCCUCUGGGAUGCACACAGGUGUUCCCAGCGCAGUCCGGGUCUGAGGCCAACGACCUCGCCUUCAAGGCAGCCUUCAUGGCCUACCGCCGGCAGCAACGAGCUAGUAAUCCUUGGACCGAAUAUGAGCAGGUGACAGCGAUGAAAAACCAAGCUCCGGGCUCUCCCGAUUUGGCCAUUCUCAGCUUCCGCAAUUCCUUCCAUGGCCGCAGCUUUGGCAGUCUUUCCACCACCCGCUCCAAGCCCGUCCACAAGCUUGAUAUCCCCGCUUUCAAGUGGCCCCAGGCCACAUUUCCGCAACUCAGAUAUCCCUCGGAAGACCACGUCCAAGAAAAUGCGCAGGAAGAGCAACGUUGCCUGCAAGAGGUUGAAAACAUUAUUCACUCCUGGCACUGCCCCGUGGCAGGCAUUAUUGUUGAGCCUAUUCAAAGCGAGGGAGGCGAUAACCAUGCCUCGCCAGCCUUCUUUCAGCGACUUCAGGCCAUUGCUAAAACGCAUAGAAUCAGCCUGAUUGUCGAUGAGGUUCAGACCGGCUUUGGGGCGACAGGCAAAUUUUGGGCGCAUGAAUACUGGGAGCUGUCCUCUCCCCCAGAUAUUGUGACCUUCUCCAAGAAGGCCCAGACAGCUGGUUAUUUCUUCAGUGAUGAAAAGCUCCGUCCAGACAAGGCCUAUCGGCAAUUCAACACAUGGAUGGGGGAUGCUGCACGGAUCAUCAUCUGCAAUGCCGUUAUUGACGAGAUUCUCGACAAAAAGCUGGUCGAAAAAACGGCUCAAGUUGGCGCGAGUCUCUACGACAGUCUAGUUAUCUUGGGAUCCAAAUAUCCAGACCGGAUGCAAAAUCUCCGCGGCAAGAACAGGGGCACAUAUAUUGCCUUUGAUACUCCUGACUCUGGCGUAUUGUUGAAAAAGAUGCGCGAGUUGGGUAUCAACAUCGGUAGCUGUGGCGCCCAGACCAUUCGGCUGCGUCCCAUGCUAAUUUUCGAGGAAUCUCAUAUCCCUCCUCUUUUGGCAGCUUUUGAGACUUCCUUUUCGCAGUUGGCAUAG